AUAUGCAUACCGAACAGCCCAUCGCGUUCCGUAGGAUCUCCUGCUAUCUUUUUCGGUGCGAAUGCUCUUUACGGCCUCCGUAGAAGGCGCGACUCGGCGACCUAGAAUGGCGGAUUACGACCUUCUUAUCCUCAACGGCCUGGUUGUCACCGACACAGAGACGGGAGAAUAUGAUAUCGCAGUCAAGAAUGAGAAGAUUGAGCAGGUAGCGCCCAGAGGGAGCUUCAAAGAUGCCACCGCGAAGAGAACGAUUGACGCCGAAGGAGGCUAUGUUAUGCCAGGAGGUGUAGAUGCUCAUGUUCACCUCCAAGAGCCACCUCUUUUCGGCAAAGGCUCGACGGCCGACAAUUAUGAGACAGGGAGUCGCUCUGCUAUUGCUGGAGGCACUACGACUAUGGUUACCUUCGCACCGCAAAGAAAGUCGGAAGAUAGCCUACUCGAUAUACUAAAGGCAACACACGCGAAAGCAGAGAACAAUUGCUACAACGACUACUCCUUCCAUCUCCUCGUAUCGAACCCAUCCCACCGCGCGCUAUCCGAAUUUAAAACGCUCCGAGCAGAAGGAAUCUCCUCGCUCAAGAUAUACAUGACCUACGAGGCACUGCAGCUGCAGGAUGGAGAAAUCUUAGACGUCCUCGUCGAGGCCCGGAAACGAAAGAUAACCACGAUGAUCCAUGCGGAAAAUGGGCAAGUUAUAGACUGGAUGACAGCACAGUUGGAGAAGCGCAAGUUCUUCGCCCCAAAAUAUCACGCCGUUGCGCAUCCAGAAAUGGCUGAGACUGAGGCUACAUAUCGGGCUAUCAGUUUCAGCGAAUUUAUCGAUGCACCCAUCUUGAUCGUACAUGUUUCAAACAGAGCGGCUGCGGCCACGAUCAAAAACGCGCAGGACCGAGGACUUCCAGUUUACGCAGAGACCUGUCCACAAUACCUCUUCUUAACGCGCAAGGAUCUCGACAAAGUCGGAUUCGAGGGUGCCAAAUGCGUCUGUACUCCGCCACCUCGUGAGGGCGAAGAGGACCACGACGGCAUCUGGGAUGGGCUCGCAAAUGGCACAUUCACGGUCCUCUCAUCGGAUCACUGCCCCUUCAGGUUCGAUGACGCAGUGAAUGGGAAGAAAACAUGUAUCACCGAUGAAUUUCCCGCUGGCCAAUUCAAAUAUAUUCCAAAUGGGAUUCCCGGAAUCGAGACACGGCUCGCAUUCACAUUGAGCGCGGACCGUCUGAAGCUCAACAAGUUCGUCGAGGUCACGAGCGCCAAUCCAGCUAAGCUGUACGGGCUUUGGCCUCGGAAAGGUGGGUUGGUAACUGGUGAGAGCGACGCUGAUAUCAAUAUAUGGUAUCCUGCUGGCAAAUUGGAGCCGUUUGCGCUCAAGAACGAGAUGUUACAUCAUAACGUCGACUACACUCCCUUUGAGGGAAAGGUCUUGAACCAAUGGCCACGGUACACGAUUCUGCGAGGAGAAGUCGUGUGGGACAGAGAUCACGGUGGACUGCUAGGAAAGAAAGGAUAUGGAAAAUUUAUCAAACGAGACGCGAGUUGCUUGGCUGGCAGUCGACAAGAGGGUGAAUGGGAUAUCCCAGAGUGAUCACGUGCCUCAAAAAUCGAAAUCAACAAACUGUAUGCAUCCUUCAGCCACUUCAGACUUGUCAUCAUGACGGCACGAAUGCAUUGGCAUACUGUGGAAUUUCUCCGUCAUUCCAAGCAAUCUUCAGGUAUCCGACUAAAGUGACUUUGAUGACACCACUGAC